AUGGACCACAAGGCCGGGCUAAAUAAUAACCUGGCGAGUCCCCUCGACUCGCAGAGUCCCAAAACCCUCCGCCUCGCAGGCGACUUCCACUCACCUCUCUCAUCGCCCGCUUCAGCAGCGUUGCGCGUGCCCAUGCUGGCCAACGCCAGAAUGUUGUCCCGGCGCAGUUUCAUCAUCGUCGCCGCCUUUACCAUAUUUGCGUGCACCCUGCUGCUUACCUCGCAGCGCCUCAACGGGCCCUUUGGCUUCGACUAUGCCUCGUCGGACCCGGCCGCCAACCCGUAUCCUCAAGACCAUGCCAGCAGCGCCGACGCCGACAGCAAACACCAGUCGCCACAUACAACGCCGCAUGUCUCGUCUCACGCCGCCGCUACCAUGACCGUCAGCGUCCCGCCUGGCAACCCCAAGGAGACAUUGCAGGCGGCCCCGGCCCCGGCCCCCGUCGUCAAGCCCGGCUGCGAGGGCUUCCCCGACAUGUCCAACAUUUUCGUCGUUCUCAAGACGGGCGCGUCCGAGGCCUACAACCGCAUCCCCACCCAGCUCAUGACCAACCUCAAGUGCGUACCCAACUAUGAAAUCUGGAGCGACAUGGAGCAAACCAUUGCCGGCCAACCCAUCCUCGACGCCCUGACCGACGUGCUCCCCGACGUUAAGGCGCACAACGACUUUGAGAUCUACCACCACCAGGCCAAGUGCCCCAUUGACCAGGAGCACUGCAACAAGGGCUACGACACGGCCAGCAAGGGCUGGUCGCUCGACAAGUACAAGAACAUCCACAUUGCCGAGAGCAACUGGGCCAACCACUCCCAGUACGACUGGUUCUUCUACAUUGACGCCGACACCUACGUCUCCUGGCCCACCCUCGUCGAAUGGUUCAAGCGCCUCAACCCAGCCACGCCCGCCUACUUUGGCAGCGUUGCCCUGCUCGGCGAGUUCCCCUUUGGCCACGGCGGCAGCGGCUACGCUGUCUCCAACGCCGGCAUGAAGAAGAUGUUUGACGGCAAGUCCAAGGUCGCCAACAAGUACGACGAAAAGGCCACAACCACCUGCUGCGGCGACUACCUCUUUGCCUACGCCAUCAAGGAAGAAGCCCAGCUGGACGUGCAACAAAUGUUCCCCACCAUCAACGGCGAAAAGCCCUACUCGAUGCCCUUUUACGACGGCCACUGGUGCCAGCCCAUCAUCACCAUGCACCACCUCGCGAGCGAGGAAAUCGAUGAGCUGGACAAGUUUGAGCUCCGCCGCCGCUUCAAGUCGCCCGUCCUCAUCAAGGACGUCUUCCAUGACAUUGUCCAACCCAAGCUGCGCAACGACCACGUCGACUGGGAUAAUGCCAGCGACGACGUGUACUACUUUGACCCCACGAGUCGGCAGUUUGACGCGGCCGAGAUGAAGCUGCGCAAACAAGAAGCUGGUUACACCGACGCCGAGAAGCAGGCACACGUGAGCUUCGACGACUGCCGCGCCGCGUGCGAGAGCGUGCCGGCGUGCCUCCAGUUCCGCUUCGGCAACCGCAUAUGCUCGACGGCGACGGCAGUGCGCUUCGGCAAGCCCGCGGAGGCGACCUCGGAGGAAGGCGCUUACCUAAAAUCGGGCUGGAUGGUGCAUCGUAUCAACGAGUGGGCUAAGAAGCACAACGACUGCGGCACUCCCAAGUUUCCCGAGCUCAAGGACGAGAGCGAGAUUUAA